AUGUACGGAAUUAUUGUGAUUAGCUUGGUGUUGGUACUUCUCACUUGGGUUAUUCUAUAUCCAAUUGUGGUGUAUUUCCUAGAUGUGAAAGGUCUACGACGCUAUCCUACGAUCAGUUUCCUCGCGGGAGUGACCAACAUCCCCUAUAUGAUUCUCAGUGCUGGUGGGUCGCGGUCAAAGCGGUUGGCUGAGUUGCAUAAACGUCAUCCUGUAUUAAGAAUUGGGCCGAAUGCGUUGUCGUUUGGUGAUGGGAGGGCGAUUAAGGAUAUCUACGGUCACUCGACAAAGUGCAUCAAGGAUGAUAUGUACCGAUUGUUAGCCGGAAGUCAUUCUCAUCUUGCGGAUGUGGUGGAUAAAAAGGAACAUCAACGAAAGAGAAAGAUUUUGUCGAGUGCAUAUGCCUUGAAGAAUCUCGAGGGGUGGGAAUAUAAAAUUGUGGAUAAGGUGAGUAAAUUGUGUGGGAGGUUUGAUAGGUGUUGCCCUGUGACUGGAGAAGGCGGAGGGGAUGGGGAUAUUAUUGAUUGGCGUGCCUGGACGAAUUUCUUCACGAUGGAUGCAAUUGCAGAUAUUGGAUUGAACUCCUCGCUGGGAUUCCUGGAACAGGGAGACGAUAUGACAAUCUCGGAGUCUCUUGAUGGCGUCACUCGUCUUGUCAGCUAUCGGGACUGUCUCCAUAGUCAGAUUACGGCUCAGUCUCAGCUCGUAUGGACAUAUGGAUGGUACAAAUCACUGGUUAGAUGGUCUCGAAGAUUGCCGACUCGAUAUCGAGAACUUUUCUCCAGAGGUGACGGGUAUGAUGGGAUUGUGAUUCAUCAGGUCCGGAAACGGCUACAACAGUAUCAGGAAGGGAAACGGCUGGAGGACUUUUUUCAGGCAUUGAUGGAAUCGAAAGAUGGGUCGCCCAAUUAUCUGCCCUUUGGCGAGAUUGGGGCUGAGAUUUCUAUCAUGCAACGUCGGCGACUAAAGGAUCUUUGUUUGGUUCUAGUCAACGCCGGGUCUAUUUCUACUGCCGUUGCGAUCAAUAACGCAAUGUAUAUGCUACUGAAGCAUCCUGGCGUACUUGCUCGGCUCCGUGAGGAAGUUGAUAUAGUGGCGGAUGAUGACGAAGUGUCAAUCCCUUAUGACAAGGUGAAGAAUCUCCCGUAUCUGAGAGCAUGCUUAGAUGAGAGCAUGAGAAUUCUCCCACCCACACCGUUCAACCUGCCUCGGAAGACGCCCCCGGAAGGCUGUGAGAUUCUAAGCCAGUGGGUUCCGGGAAAUACUACCGUGUCAAUGUCCUCAUAUGUCGCCCAUCGUGAUGAGAAAGUCUUCUCAGAUCCAGAGGUAUUCCGUCCUGAGCGCUGGCUGGGAGAACGAGGAAAGGAGCUGCAGCCAUACUUUAUCACCUUUAGUGCCGGUGCUCGUGGUUGUAUUGGCCGGAAUAUCAGCUACCUGGAACAGACCAUUCUCAUUGCGUCCACCAUCCAUCGUUAUGAUUUGGAGCUCGUGGAUCCAUCGAUGGAGCAGACUUCUUAUGAGCACCUCAACAUGAAUCCUGGUCCACUGCCCGUGAAGGGCGAUAUCAAGCCUGUGAUCGUUGCCGAACUCGACAUAUUCGAUGUGAUCGAAGAGCAGGAAGCCAGUCUUGUACCGCCUGUAACAAUGCAAACCUCCAAUGUACUCGUGAAAGAAAGACGAUAUUUUAUAUGACGCAACACCCUCCUGCCGUAAGUAGACCGGCUUCACCACCGAAUACAAGUCCUGAGAUCGAAGCCAGCGAAGACCAUGCAGCACCCGAAUGCAGCGCAGAGGUGAAGGGCAGUGAUGUUAUUGGAAUCUCCCAAGGCUCACCCUCGGGUCUUAGUAAUUCUUCCAG